AUGGUAGAUGCAGCGACGAAGAUGAAAUUUAGUUACAUUCCAGUUUCAGUGAAGCCUAAGAAACCAAUAUAUAUCUUCGAUGAUGAUGAUCUUUCGUGUUAUCUAGAAUGGAAUCAAACUGAAUUCAAUGUAAUGCAUGUGGAGUUGGAAAAAGAUGACGAACAAAAUCAUGGUUGUGAGCAAAAUCGAGUUGGUGAAACUGGUGAAGUUGGUGAAAUUGGUAACGUUGGUGAAGUUGGUGCAAGUAAUGCGGAGGAGUUGAUUUCAUGUGCAAGGACUCGUAUUGGUGAUGGUAUCAUGACUCUUUAUGCAGGUGAAACGUUUGAACAUAAUGAGCUGGUUCGAAACGAUGACAAUGUCGCAAGUGAAGAACAAGAAGACGUCAUUGUUAACGAUGAUAUGCUGCAAGUUACAAAGGUACAUUUGGAAUGGGAAGAUGGUGUGAAUCUGACAAUAGGUCAAGAAUUUGGAAGUAAGAAAGCAGUACAAGAUUUAGUUGAAAAAUGUGCACAUAAGAACUGUUUUGAGUUUGUUAUUGUGAAGUCGGAUCCGAAGUUGUACGUGGUAAAAUGCAGUGAAUCAAAAAAGGGUUGCAAGUGGUCUUUACGAGUUGCGAAGCUUCAGAAUUCAGAUUGUUUCUCGGUUAGAACUUACAACAAAAUUCAUACGUGUUAUCGUUCAACAACAAGUACAAGCAGAAACAAAAGGAAAGGCUCACAACGAUUAGUAGCAUCUGUUUUGCGUGAGGAAUAUCCAUGUAAGCUUAAGACUCCAGUUCCUAAAGAUCUCAUCCCUUUGAUUCAAACAAGAGUUGGUGUUAAAGUGUCAUACUCCACUGCAUGGAGAGGAAAAAAGCAAGCUGCUAGUGAGGUUCGUGGUAGUCUUGAGGAAAGUUACAAGAUGUUGUAUUCUUAUAUGCACAUGUUAGAGGUAGUGAAUCCAGAAACUGUCUCAUGUGUGGAAUUAGACGAAAAGAAUAAUUUUAAGUACUUAUUCUUCGCGCUGGGAGCUUGCGUUGAAGGCUUCAAGGCUAUGAGACAAGUGAUCAUUGUGGAUGGAACCCACCUUAAGACUGCACAAGGUGGAGUGCUUAUUGUUGCUACAGCUCAAGAUCCUAAUCAUCAUCAUUAUCCUAUUGCUUUUGGUGUAGUCGAUGGUGAAAAUUACUUAAGUUGGAGUUGGUUUUUCAAUAAGUUGAAAUCAAGAGUACCAGACGCCCCUGAACUUGUGUUUGUUUCUGAUAGAAAUCAAAGCCUUAUCAAGUCAGUAGCUGAGGUGUAUCCAUUGUCUCAACAUGGUUAUUGUAUAUAUCAUUUGGAUCAAAAUGUGAAAGCAGCAUGCAGUAACGUCAACAAAGACACCGUUGGAAGAAAAUUCAUAGAAUGUGCUAGGUCUUAUACAGAAGGUACGUUCAAAACACUUUAUCAUGAUUUUAGGAUAAGGUAUCCUGCUGCAGCGGUAUAUCUAGAUUCACAUGUUGAAGAAAAAAAAUGGGCUAGAUGUUAUUUCCCAGGAGCAAGAUACAAUAUAGACACCAGCAAUUGUGUUGAAUCUAUUAAUGGUGUUUUCAAAGACGCAAGGCAAUACUCGCUCUUACCAAUGAUCGAUGCUAUUGUUGGGAAAUUGGCUGAAUGGUUUAACGAACAUAGGAAGACUUCUGCAUCAGUACCUCCAUCGCAGAUAAUGGUGCCUCUUCUUGAGAAAAUAUUGCACCAGAGAUGUGAAGAAGCGAAGUUGUUACCGAUGUAUGAACUAAAUAGCUUCUUAUUGGAAUAUAAUGUCAUUAGAGUUGAUGGUAGCGGUUAUUUGCUGCUGUCAGCGAAGCAUCUAAGAGUGUUGAUAAUGAGUGUGAACUACAUGAUUUAUGCUCCAAAUAUUAUCGGAUGGAAUAGUGGUCAUUUGGCGUAUUACCGGACAAUAUAUCCAGUUCCCCAUAUGUCUCAGUGGAUUGUACCGGAACACAUACAACAACUGUUUGCCUUUCCUCCACCUUAUGCCCUGAAAAAAGGAAGAACCAAAACAAAAAGGUUUAAAUCGGUUGGAGAACAUGGGAAAAGGAAGAAAAGAUCUAUGGGACGCAUGUACGAGUACUUCCAGAGUGGUGGUAGUACUGUAUAA